AUGAGCAACUAAUAAACAAUUCAAAAUAAGCAGAAAGAGUCUUACAAUGCAAGCGUUUUAAAUGAUAAAAACCAAGCAUCUAAAAUUUAGCAAUAGUUUAGAGAAAGCUUUAUUAGACACAGUGGAUGGAUUAACGUUCUUGAUAAGUAUAUCAAUUAUUCUACUGGGCAUGUCUCAAGUGAAGUGCCUAUUGAUAUAUAUUAAUUUUAGCAAGAAAUUGCUCGGAAAUUCAAUAACUUUUUGAUAAGCAAAGAAGAUGUUUUCACAUACUUUUUAAGUAUUAAGAAUUAAGUGAUAGGACUUAGGGAUUAGGAUCAUAUUAGAUAAACUUUACAGGAUUUUGUUAGAGAAUUAUGCAAUCCGGCUUACUAUCGUGAAUGUGUUGAUUGCUAAUUCUUCUAGUAGAAGUGUGAAAGAAUGAGGAAGAUUAUAGAAAAUAAUUUUGAAGAAAAUUUAUUUAAACAGCUCUUGGACUUCCUUUCUGAAAAAAGAAAACAGUUUACUGAGCAACCUUCAUAUUUGAAAUCCUAGAUUCUUAAUGAAAUUGUCGGGUAGGCUUCUUCGAUGAGAAAAAAACAGGAAAAAAAAACAUCUGAAUAAAAUGGAUUGAAAAAAUUUGUUAAAGACUGCUAAAUGUUUGUUGUCAUCGAAGACAAUGAAGGUAAUUUGAUACCUGCAUCUUCAUAGAAAAAGAAUAAAGUAGUGAUAUCUAACGAAAAGAAUAAGGUUAGUCUGGUAAAUGAACUGAUUUAAAAGUUGUCUCAAUAUGAAUAACUAAAGCUUUAAGAAGUGCCUUAGCCUUCUAAGGAUGGAAUAAGCAAUUUUUAGUUUGAAUUAAAAGGCAAUGACUUAAGUAUAAAAGGAGAAGUAAAGCAAUAAAAACAAAAAGCUAAAGAAAGCUGCUGUGAAAAUGUGAUUAAUUUUAUCAUCAAAUCUCUUUAAAAUAAUGCUGAAAGCCUUUCAGAAAAAUCUUCAAUUGUAGAAAAUGAAUCAAAUUACCAAGAUUAUCUUCUGUUUGAUGCAGAAGACCUUAAUGUUGCAGAAAUAAACUUUGAUGCACUCAAUAAUGAGUAAAUGGAAGAAAUAGAUAAUACUGCCGAUGAUAAUUUAUUGUUCUAAUCAAAUGACAGGUUGAAUAAUUAAAAUGACCAAGAAGAGAUCGAUCACGCUAAGAAAUAGUAAGCCACUUCAAAUUAGUAAUAGAUAGAAUAAAAAAACCAAAAAAGCAGCAAUUAUGUUUAAAAUAAAGAGAAUCCUAAUGAAUAUGAUAAAAUAGUAGAGAAACUUUACUAAACUUUAGAUGACCUAGAUGCUCUUGCUAAAGUUGAGUUGCAUCCAUAUAAAAUUUUAAAGAAGUUAACUGAAGGUAAAAACAAAUCUGAGUCCUACAAAAAACUGAAUGGUUGGCUGAUGGAAAUAAUAUAGAGUGCUGUUAAAUUAUAUGACUAUGAAGAUUUUAAGUAGAGCCCUUGUGUAAUUGUAUAGGAAAAUAGCAAGGCAUUCUUUCUAAAAACUUUAAUUAUGAAGAAAAAAGUAAAAAGUCAAAAUUUAAUUGGUCAUACUAGAUGCAUUAAUGAGGAGCAUUCAUUUAUAUUCUCUGCUCUAGAGCUUAUCUACAAGUUCGCUUUCAAACACUAAAGCCACAAAGGGGAAAUAACUUGUCUUGAAUAAGUUAUUGAAGGCUUAAUUUUGGAAGCAGUGUAUUUGAGCGAGGAAUAUGAAAGAUAAAAAAAAGAAAGUUAAACAGAAAAAUCUCUCUUUACAGAUAAAAUGUAUCCAAACAAAAAUAAGUAGCAAAUUAAUAAAUCUUCAAACGACUCUAAAUCAUAAUUUGUUAAUUCAAAGUAAUCCUAAUUAAAAGAACAAUUUAAAUUAGUUUUAUGA